AAACCCACAUACAUCGACAUAGCCAAGCAAUAAAGAACAACAAAACCUCGAAGUUUUACACACAAACCUCUGACGUCACAGGAAGGAGUAAGUUUUAAUGGUUGCUUUGGCGAGAGUUGUGGAGGCGACUCAGGAACUUUUGUGGAAGCCCUGGCUUCAUCUGAUGAAGAUUAAUGAUACUGAAUACGUAGUGAAUACAGAAUUGCCUUAAGGGUUUGUGCAUGUCCUUGGCAUCUCAAAAAUCCCACAGGAAACAUUUACCAGAUAAAGAAUCUUGUAAAGAAACCUUUACAAAUGGGAGUGUAGAUACACCUAACCUAUCCAGUAAUAAUACAUUCAUUAUGAGUAUACAUUCAAAUCAGUUUUAUACAGUGGAAGUUGGUGAUUCUACAUUCACAAUCCUCAAACGGUACCAGAACCUUAAGCCAAUAGGAUCGGGUGCUCAGGGUAUAGUAUGUGCUGCCAUUGACAAUGUGAAACAAAUAAGUGUUGCAAUCAAGAAGCUAAGUAGGCCAUUCCAAAAUGUCACACAUGCUAAACGGGCCUAUCGAGAGUUUGUCCUUAUGAAACUAGUUAAUCACAAAAAUAUUAUAGGUCUCUUAAAUGCAUUCACACCACAGAAAACUUUAGAGGAUUUUCAAGAUGUGUACCUUGUUAUGGAACUAAUGGAUGCAAACCUGUGUCAGGUCAUACAGAUGGAUUUAGAUCAUGAAAGAAUGUCAUAUCUUCUCUAUCAAAUGCUAUGUGGAAUUAAGCAUUUGCAUUCAGCAGGGAUUAUCCACAGAGAUUUAAAGCCCAGUAACAUAGUGGUGAAAGCAGAUUGUACUCUGAAGAUUCUAGAUUUUGGUUUGGCACGGACAGCAGGUACUGGUUUUAUGAUGACACCGUAUGUAGUAACAAGAUAUUACCGUGCACCAGAAGUCAUUCUUGGUAUGGGUUAUAAAGAAAAUGUUGAUAUCUGGUCAGUUGGCUGUAUUAUGGCUGAGUUGAUACGAGGUGGUGUACUAUUCCCUGGCACUGAUCAUAUAGAUCAAUGGAAUAAAAUAAUCCAACAGUUAGGAACGCCGUCUCAAGACUUUAUGUGUAGAUUACAGCCUACAGUUCGGAGCUACGUCGAGAACCGUCCCCGGUUUACAGGCUACACCUUUGAUAUUUUGUUUGCAGACUGUAUGUUCCCCUCAGAUAGCCGCGAACACCAAGGGCUGCAGGCUUCCGUGGCUAGAGAUUUACUGUCCAAGAUGCUGGUUGUUGAUCCUGAACGAAGGAUAUCCGUUGAUGAGGCAUUGAUGCACCCUUACAUCAAUGUUUGGUACGAUGAAGGUGAAGUAAAUGCGCCUGCUCCUGGACCUUACGACCACUCUGUAGAUGAGAGAGAACACUCUGUAGAGGAAUGGAAAGAACUUAUAUAUGAUGAAGUAAAAAAAUAUGAAAACAAAGAUAAUCAAAUAACAAAUGCUAUGCAAAAUCUCUCAGGUAAGCUAAAAGAUGGACCAACAAAUGACUCUGCCCCUAAGGACAGUGUAGCAACAGGCUCUCCAGGUCAGAACAGGCAUCGGUGACUGCUGUGUAUAUAUAUAUAUAUAUAUAUAUGUGUGUGUAUGUGUGUAUAUAUAUAUAUAUGUGUAUAUAUAUAUAUAUACACACACACACACACUCACAGACACUCUCUUUCUCUCACACACAUACACAAAUAUAUAUAUACACACACACAUACAAACAUACACAAUGUAAAAAUACUACAGGCAUAAUUUAUUUGGGCUGACGAGCUGUUGCCUCCACCACCACCACUACCAUUACUACUACUUCUACUACUACUCUUACUACUACUACUACUACUACCACCUGUGCUGCACACUACUACUUCUACUUCGACUACUAUUAUUACUACUACUAUAUUACUACUACUACUAUGUUAGAGGUUGUCCCUCCCCAUCACCACCACACUACUACCACCACGACCACCCUACUCUUACUGCAACCACUAAUCCCUCUGUAGCCUUUGACAUCCUUUUUGUCACCACUCAUUGUCUCUGUUAUUACUAUUAUUGUUGUCUUUCUUCCUCUUUUUACUGUAAACUGCCACCUACCUACCUACCUACUUAUGUACAGCUGUGAAGGAAUCAUCAUCAUCAUCAUCUGUGAGAAGACAUCUAACAAGAACAAAAACAAGGGAACUGUUAUGUGGUCACUUACUAGAAGCAACAGCCAAGUCCCCUUUUGAUAAAGAGAACAAUGCAUAACCUUUAUAUCAUCACUUAAUA